CAGUGCUCAGUACGCAAACGGCCGCCGCCGCAGAUUGUCGUGUUCGACGUGCCGAACGAUAUUCGCACUGUGUCAGCUGCUCCUCACAAUAUAAUAUAUAUUUGCGUAAUUUUUAAUCGCAACAAUAAAAGACUCGUGACCGUAUACCACACACACACACACCGACAAAGACGAUUUUCGACCAUGCGACCGAUCUCUUGCCGUUGACCGCGGCUCGACCGAACUUUACCGCCCCUCACACAACCCCACCCGCGACCCAAUAUUACCGCCAUCGUACUGUUUUCAAAAUAGAUAAUAAUACAUUCGAUUCGUGUUUUUUUUUUAAUUAUAUUUUAAAUUUUUGAUUUUAAAUUCGCGCAAGUCGUACGGCCAACGCGAUAUGACCGCCACCAACGGGUUCAUCAUCGGCGACGGUUCUUGGAACCUGCAGAUCUACGUGUCCGAUCUGCAGGUGGAACGGACGCUGCGGGUUAAGGGUGACCUCCACAUCGGAGGGGUCAUGCUCAGACUCGUCGAAGAUUUGGAUAUAGCCAUGGACUGGUCGGAUCACGCUCUCUGGUGGCCAAACCGUAACUCGUGGCUUACCAGGACCCGGUCGACGUUAGAUCAGUAUGGAGUGCAAGCUGACGCCAAGCUACAAUUCACCAGAAUGCACAAAACUGCACGCAUCCAGUUGCCGGACCUCCGGUACGUGGACAUGCGCGUGGACUUCUCCAUAAAAACGUUCAACGCCGUCAUACAGAUAUGCAAAGAGCUGAAUAUCAGACACCCAGAAGAGCUGUCGUUGAGCAAGCCAUUGGAACCGUAUCAUCUGAAGCACAACAUGAAGGAAAUGCAAUACAACGGCGGUCAAACGCCAUCGGCCGACACCAACUCGUUCGCCAUCAACAGCCACAGCCCGUCCGGCUCCACCGGAAGCCUUGACAUGACGUCUUCGCCGUUCAUAUGCGCUCCACUCAAACAUCAUUCUACGCCGAUCAGCUCACCUGUGUCUCAAAAUGGCACUUGGAAGAAAGGAUACAGCAAACCGGAAAUGAACGGCAACGUAACGUCACUAGAAAUGUUAAACGGUUCCCUCGAUACGUCUUUGGCCAACAGCCCACUUUCGCUAAAUCAAGAGGUGCGAAACAAAGUCUUGAAACCUAAGUCGUUGGUAGAAAAAGCUAGAAUGAACGUGGCGUGGUUGGAUUCGUCACUUUCGAUUAUGGAACAAGGCGUCAGGGAAUAUGACUUGUUGAAAUUACGGUUCAAGUUCUAUUCUUUCUAUGAUUUGAAUCCCAGGUUAGAUUCUGUACGCAUAAAUCAAAUUUACGAACAAGCCAAAUGGAGUUUGUUGAGCGGUGAAAUUGAUUGUACCGAAGAGGAAGCUUUAAUGUUUGCUGCACUACAAGUUCAAAUAAAUCUAAAAGCCAGUGUACCACAACCGCUUAUGGAGACGUCAGGUGGAGACGACGAUAUCGAUGCUGCUUUGUCAGAUCUUCAAAUUACGCUUGAAGGGUUCCAGCCACAGAGCAAUGUCAACAAUUUGACACAUGCACCAGAGUUGUCUGAUUACUUGAGAUUUUUGAAGCCAAAAAAGUUUACACUGAAAGCGUUUAAACGGUAUUGGUUCACAUGCCGAGAUUUGCAUUUGCGGAUGUACAAAACAGCGGAAGACGCCGAAGUCGGUGCCCUUCCCGUGUACAGUGUCAGUCUGAAGGGAUGUGAGGUGACACCAGACGUGAAUAUUUCUCAGAACAAGUUCGGCAUAAAGCUGGAAGUGCCCAGUUCAGAUGGCAUGACCGAGAUGUGUAUCAAAUGCGAUAGCGAAGAACAGUACGCAAAAUGGAUGGCUGCUUGUAGACUGGCGGCAAAAGGACGCCCGUUAUCCGAUCACUCUUACGAGUCCGAAGUCAAAUCAAUCAAAGCGUUCCUCGAGAUGCAACAUCCGUCGAUUAUCCAGUCGCCCGUCAUUAGCCCGUCUUCGUUGGACAUCACGGUCGAGGAUUACAUACCGCACAGGUUUUCCAGAAAACUCAAGGGAAAAAUGGUUCAGCAGCGCAUACUCGAAGCUCACGCCAACCUCAAGGACCUGACUUUGAUGGAGGCCAAGAUGAACUACAUCAAAGCGUGGCAGUCGUUACCCGAGUUCGGCAUCUCGCUGUUCGUCGUCAAGUUCAUGGGCCACAAGAAAGAGGAGCUGCUGGGCAUAGCGUACAACCGAUUGAUGCGCAUGGACGUCGCUACCGGCGAUCACAUAAAAACAUGGAGAUAUAACACGAUGAAGGCGUGGAACAUCAACUGGGAAGUCAAACACAUGAUGGUGCAGUUCGAAGAGGGCAACAUAAUAUUCGCCUGCCAAUCGGCCGACUGCAAAGUAAUACACGAAUUCAUCGGCGGUUACAUAUUCUUGUCGAUGCGUUCUAAAGAGGUGAACCAAACGCUGAACGAGGAGCUGUUCCACAAAUUGACCGGCGGCUGGUCAUAAUAACAUGGCCACGAGUGUCACGUCGGCCGGCGUAGGGCGAGAUGACGACCAUAUCAUUCGUUUCGCUCUACCCAUCCUCGUACGAAACAAUCGAACAAACGAGAUACGGAUGGAAAUAGAAAAUGUACAUAUUGCGCAUAUUAUAAUGAUAUUUAUUUAUUUUUUCCUCGAAUUUAGCCGGCUACUCCGAAUGUGUAGCGGCAAGUUUCGAGGGCGAUAUACGACAGAGAGGGGAGGUCCGUUUGUUUCCUUGUUUACGUUUUUUUUUUUUUUUCUGUAAAUUAUUAUAUUAUUAUAACAAAUUGCGUUAAUAUGUUGUUUGCCCGUUUAUUGCUAUAACAUGUUUUAAACGAUUAUAAUAUAUAUUGUUUAUUUUCGUUGCGUAAUAUUAAACAAAAGUAUUAAAACACUUAGUAGUAAGAAGUUAAUAUGAUAAUAAUAUUUGUACUACUAUACAGUUUUUAGCGUGUAGGCAAAAUAUAGAUUUAUCAUACUUUAUGUAAUAAAAUAUACAAUAUUAUGAUAUUAUGAUAAUUAUUAUAAACUGCUAAUAAUAUAGGUUAAUGAUAUAUGUAUGUUGUUAUGUAAAAUGUGCGCAGACGCUAAAGGGUUGGUGCCGACACGAAACGUUUCUUCUGUUCGUUUGGCUUCUGUGUUCUUACUAAUAACUUAAAGUAAUAUUAUCGUUUAAGAAUAACAACAAAUUUACAACAUUCUGCGUCCAUAGUUAUUAUAUAAUAUGUUAUAUUAUCCGCGUGUAAAACAGUAUGUAUUGUCAAAAUGUGUUGUAUUAUAUAAUACAACACGGAGAGAUUAGUUCGUUUUAUUGUGUAAAGUUAUCAGCUUGUAUUUUUAUUACAAUUUUAAGUCGAACAUUUACUAACAGGGAACCUUUACACAGGUAAUUGAUACCUAUAUAUUUCUGUUUUAUAUUUCUAUGACAAAACCACAGUCAUAUACACGGGUUUAUUGAUUGUUAAAAAACAUUAAUAAUUAUUUUUUUGAAAUUUAAUUUAACGAUAGUAUUUAUAAUAUAGUAUAAUUUCACAAAUACACUAGUCUAUUAUUGUGUGUUUAUAUAAUAUAUAUAUAUGUAUGAAAAAAUCGUGAUUGCGCCACAGGUGUUAUAUAUA